CAGAGAACAAAAAGCACAGACCUUGCUCAUCCUCCCCCUCCUCCUACUAAGGAGAAAAAAAUGCUUCAACACUCCACCAAUCAGAGCAAGGAGGAAGGGAGGCUCCUUAGAAUGUCUAAUAGAGCUGAAUCUGAAGACCAAGCGUGAGGAUGCUGUAACGUCUGAUAGCGCACAUAGUAACCCGGUGAACUGCUCAUCCAUCCUGGAAUUCAUCAGCCAUCUAACCUGCAUAUCUGGAAAAUACAUGGAGUAGUAGAGCCUUGUAAAAUUCAAGAGAAACCUUGAACAAGCGAAGAUAUGGAAAGUAGAGAUCCAUCAUGUUGGAAAUUUUUGGCUGGUGGAAACUAUUCAAUUGGGGGAAUUUCUUCUUCAAUAUCAACAAUUCUUACAUUUCCUAUUUACAAGACAGUUUUCCGGCAACAACUCCACACAUUAACUAUCAGAUCAGCGGUCCAGCAACUGCGCACAGAAGGACUUGUCCACCUUUAUCGUGGUCUGAAACCACCACUCAUAGCCAAAACUGUGCAGGGCACACUACUUUUUGGCACCCAACCAACCAUCCUAAGUUUUCUUUCUGAAGAGGCCAAACCAAAAACCAAGUACCGUUUCCUCUCAGGACUCAUUUCUGGGGGCCUGGAAGCUGUUGUUUUUGCUCCUUUUGAAAGGCUGCAGAACAUAUUACAGGAUGGGCGCAACAACAGUCGCUUCCCCAGUGUUAGUUCUAUCAUGCAUGAUUUUCAUUCAUAUGAUACAAGGAACAAGUUAUUUUGUGGGUUCUACAGAGGCUUCACACCAAUUCUUGCCCGCAAUGCCCUGGGCAGUGCCCUCUACUUUUCUUGCAAGGAACCAGUAAGAGAUGUGCUGAGCUUGCAUGGGAUGCCAGCUUGGGUGUCCUCAUUUGUCUCAGGGACAGUGAACGGGGCUCUUAUUUCACUGGCUCUCUACCCUCUUAGUGUACUUGUGUCUAAUAUGCAGGCUCAGGCAGGGAAAGGACUUCCUUCAGCAGUGAAGAUGAUGGGUUCAGUGUGGAUGCAAUGUGGGGGGAAGGUCUCCCAACUGUAUCGCGGAGCUUCCCUCAUUGCCUUGCGCUCCUGUAUCACCUGGGGGGUAACAACUGCCAUUCAUGAUACACUAAGAAACAAAAUGAGCUCUUGACACUGACAUGUUUGUGGGCUAAAGGACCAUACAGAAGCAAAACAGCCUUAUCAAUUAAUAAGUUAACAUAUGUGUAACAUGUAGGAGCAAAGUGAGGUUAUGACUAGUAUAUGUAAUAAAAAAAAGUUCUGUUACACAUAGGCACAGUUCAAGGUGGGGUGCUACCUGCAAGGUGCAGUUACACCUCCAUUUAUCAAAGGUUGCACCAACAAUUUUUUAGGUCUAGACUGUGACUUACUGGCAGUUACAUUUUAAUGAGUUAAAAAGUCAAUGCCUUUUUGGAGUAAAACAGCAGUGAGAAUUUUAAUGGACACGCAGGUCGUCUAUGUGGGAAGAUGAUAGUAAUUUACUUAUUUGCCAUUGGGUGGCGCUGUACUACAAAUGACAAAGGAACAACAUUCCUCAUGAAGCCCACACUUGUUUCUUUGAUACUCCUAUGCAGAAGCCUGGGACUGAAUCUUUCAAAAAAUUGUUGGCUUAGGAGGAGGCCAACUAUGGGUCGAUCCAUAACAAAAGGGAAGCCCAAUUCAUGAACUAAUCAGUUUACUCUCUGAAUGUCACAGUGAAUUAUUCCACCAAAGGGGAUAGCCCAACCUGUAGCUCCUUUACCCAGUGACGUAUAAAAAUAUUGCAGGAAUUACAGCAAGUUUACAUAUUUUAAAUCUUUGAUUCUUUUUAUGUUGACGUUUCAACAGAAUAACCAAAAGAAUCAACGUGUCUCAACUUGCUCUAUGGACAAUCAUUCUCCUGCAGCAAUUCCAUAAUAUCAGAAUGAAGCAUGUUUUUCCCCCAAAAUUAAUAAUUUGUUCUGAGAUCUUUGUAAGUGCAUAAUUGCAUUUUUUUAAAUAAAUAUGUAUUUAUUA